AUGUCCUGUAUAUUUGUCCUGUUUCUAUGUCUUCCACAGAUAAUUCUAGUUUUCUUCCCCACUGCAGGGUAUGUUGAUGGGACUCUUCUAGUUUAUUCAACAUUCAAAAGCAUCUGCCUAGUUGACGUUAGUGAAGAUAGAAGAGCAGACGAUAAAUCUCAAGUUCUGUUCAGAGAUGGGUAUACAAUAUCCACUGUUGACUACCUCCGUGAUGAGAAUACCAUUUUCUGGAUGGAUUCUGAUGAGAAUUCUGUCCUAAAAUUAGAAAGCUACAACGCAACUCAUGAGAUAAAAACAUCACUCGCCUCCCUGCACGACUCAGUCCUGAUGGAUAUGUCAAUUGACUGGGUGGGGCUGAAGAUGUAUUGGCUGGAUCAGGAUGGCAGAAUAGAAAUAAGAGAUUUGUUUGAGUUCGAUAGGGCCGUCGUCGUUUUCAAUAAUUUAAUUCAGCCUGGCAGUCUGGUGCUAUACCCUGAGAAAAGAUUGAUGUUUUGGUCAACCUGUGGAGAUGUACCCUACAUUGAGUCGGCCAGUAUGGAUGGUAGAGAUAGAAAGAUUGUACUGUCGCUGAACGAAUGUAUAUCUUGGCCAAGUGGUCUGACGAUAGAUUAUGAAAAUGACAUGCUGUACUUUGUGAUUGAAGCUAGCAGGCGAGUGUAUAAAUGCAAUCUCGACGGUUCCAACUUGUCGUUGGUAUCUCCAAACAACGUCAACAACAACAUGAAUCCUUUAUCCAUCUCAAUCCACAAUGGCAUGAUGUACUGGAUUGAACUGACAAACAGCACAAUAAUUAGAUGCAAACUUCCUCAGUGUUCAGACCCAAGAAUCCUAGCAAACACCCUGUUCCCACCCCAAGAUGUCAAAGUGGUACGACCUGAGAGAAAAAAUAUGAAUGUGGAAAACCCGUGUUCUAAAAAUAAUGGCGGUUGCUCGUACAUUUGCUUGCUGUCAGCAGUGACAUCACAACAAUACACAUGCGCCUGUCCAGCUGGUGUUGUGCUGAAGAAGGAUGGAAGAAACUGUGAAGAUGGUCCCUCCAGUAUCCUACUGUUUGUGAGAUACACAAAUUUACAAUGGGUAUCCUUAGAUACCCCGGAUUACAUACACGUCCCUAUCCCGAUCGAUAGUAUCAAAAAAGCGAUAUCUAUCGACUAUGAUCCAAUCCAAGGAAUGAUAUAUUGGUCAGAUUUCAAUAGAUCAUCUAUUGGGAGAGCACUUCUUAAUGGAUCAACAAACAUGUACACAGAAGUGGAAACAGUCAUUCAAGUUCCUGGCAUGAAUCCAGAAGGCAUAGCUGUAGAUCAACUGGGCAGAAAUAUUUUCUGGGUGGACAGUGGCCAGAAAAAGAUAAUUGUAGCCAAAAUGGACGGAAGUUACUAUCGGAAGGACCUCAUUACCACUGAACUUUAUAACCCCAGAGCCAUUGUUGUCGACUCUAAAAGGGGAAACUUAUACUGGUCCGACUGGGGCACCCACCCGAAAAUUGAAACCUCUCAGAUGGACUCUUCCUCUAGGCAGAUUCUCGUGACCUCUAACCUUUCGUGGCCAAAUGGACUCGCCCACGAUGGGGUUGCGAAUCGUUUGUACUGGGGUGACGCCAAGUUGCAUAGGAUCGAGUACAUCGAUUUAAAGACUAAGAGGAGAGUUCUGCUGGUGGAGGGUGACUAUUUGUACUGGUCCGACCUGACGGAUAGAGUAAUUCAAAGAAUCCACAAAUCCGAACCAGCAAACCAAUCGCAGACCAUCAUCGAGAAUAUAUCUGACCUCAUGUCUCUCAAAGCCACCUACUUGGAAUCUACUUCAGACCCAGACGCUGGCGACGACGUCUGUAUGAAGAAAAACGGCGGCUGUAGCCACUUCUGCUUCCUAUCUCCACUCCCUACACACCAGCGGCCAGUUUGCUUCUGCCCCGAUGGUUUCGAAAUGGCCCCGGGCGACAACCAAACAUGCUUCUCCACUCAGUCCUUCGUCGUCUUCUCUACCAAGGGUGACUUCGGCAGAGUAACCAUGGAGACCGGUAAUGUGGCGGCUAUGGCGACCACGAAAUCAGGCUAUGGUGUCGUUGUUGGCUUCGAUGUUGACGUCAGAGGAAGUGGUGGUGGUGGUGGUGAUGGUGGUGUUUUGUACUGGGGCGACGAGGCCAGCAACUCAAUCAGGAGGAAAGAAUUCAGCGGACCUCAACAGCAGGAGUCGUUCAUAAGUAACGUUAACCCAGGUGCCAUUGUGAUUGACAGCAUCCAUUCAACUCUCUACUGGACCGACGUUGGGAAGAACUGCAUAGAAAUGAUAACACUGAAGGGUCGUGGGUACAGGAAGGUGGUGCUCUGGAAAGAUGUGACCCCUACUCUUCUAGCUGUGGACCCCUUGAAUGGCUAUCUAUUCUGGCUGAAUAGAGGUGCCAAGCUGAACCAUUGGAGUAUUGAAAGGUCUAGUUUGAUUGGUUCCUUUAGAACUAAAAUGGUGGCUAAUAAUGAUGAUAAUAAUAAGAAUAAUAAUAAACGUGGUGUUGGUGAUAGUGAAGAGGAUGGUGGCGUGACCUCAAUAGCAGUACAGCCAUCUAAAAAGUUAUUGUAUUGGCUUAGAAAUGGCACUCUAUAUUGGAAACAUUAUGACAGAAGCACCAUAGAUACGUACGAGAGGAAAGAUUCUAAAUUCACUCUGGUGUCCAUACUUUCUGAUUCUUUGCUUCUGUAUGAUCCUUCGUCUGCUGAGGUGUAUCAGUUUAAUCUGAGCGAUCACAGCAUUGGUGAUGGGUUAUUUGGUAAUUUGGUGAAAAAGUAUCAAUUGAGGCUAAAUAAUAAUAAUAAUAACAAUAAUAAUAAGAACUACUACAACAACAACAAUAAUAACAACAACAAUAGAGAUGACGGCCAUGAUGUCAUUGGUCUAUCUCUGGUUGAUUUUUCCAUAAGACCAAACAUUUCGCACCCGUGCAAAGAGAGCAAUGGCGGUUGUUCUCAUAUAUGCCUCACUAACAGCAAUUACAACAACAUCAACGACGACUACAAAAUUACUAACAUCAAUAAUAAUAACAAUAACAAUAAUAAUAACAAUAAUAAUAAUAAUAAAUAUAUAUGCUCAUGUCCAACACAUUACAGGCUGCUUAAAGAUGGUCAUACUUGCCAGGGACCAACAAGCUUCAUAAUAGCCAGUCAGAAAAAUUCCUUCUUGCAGAUUCUCGUUAAUGCGAUGAAUAAGAGCGGCAAUACUAAUGGUAAAAAUAAUAAAAGUAAUAAUAACGAUGGUGACGACGAUGACGAUUUCGUUACGUCACUUCCUGACCUUGGCAUAAAUAACUUCAGGUCGCUGACAUAUGACCCAUUUAAAGGUCAUCUUAUCUGGGUUGAUUCUCAAGGUUCAACCAUCAAAUCCACCUAUUACCCUAUCAGUGGUAGUAGUUACUUUGGUAGUAGCGGUAGUAAUAACAGUAGUGGUAAUAACGGUCGCGUUCGAGGCAGUAAAAACGUUGGCAGAAGCCGCGGUAGUAGCAACAAUCGCGGUGUCUUCGGCGUACAUUUGAAUGUGAACAAUGAGGUUCCACAUCCCACUGUAACGAUAGUUUCCUCUUCUUCUCCUUCUUCUUCCUCAUCUUCAUCUGCGUACAUCUUCGACCUGACUAUCGACUACAAUUCUCGUCUCAUCUACUUCUCCAACCUGUCGUGUUCGUGUGUGCAGGCCGUCAGAUUUGACGGGCGGAUGGUGGGCACUGUUAUCAAGGAGGGCAGCCCUAGGUAUCUCGUUAUGGCCUCUAAAGCCGGAUAUUUGUUCUGGACGAACAAGGGUAAACGAUUGGAGAGAUCGAGUUUGGACGGCUCCUUGAAGAUGACCAUCUUGAAUACUGGACUUGGACAGCUCGGGCCUAUUGAAGUUGACGAUUAUAGCACUCCCACGUCCUACAAAAGUGGUCGGGUAUACUGGAUCGACGUCGAACUGAAAAGAAUCGAGUCGUCGAACUUGGACGGCGGCGAUCGUCGCGUCAUCGUGCACGACACCGGCAGGGAGCAGGCCACAGGACUCGCGAUCGCCAACGACCUGCUACUGUGGGCGACGAAAUCUGGCAGUAUUGAGAAGGUGAGUUCUGCAAACGGUGCCGGUAGAGAGGUCGUCUACAAGAAGUCAGGCAGUCCAAUCACAUCUCUCCUUUUUUCCAAGUACAAAUCAAACAUCAUGCCGAUAUUUAAAGCCACACAGCAACUCGACGCUUCAGACAAAGUGAGUUACCAGCACGGCGAUGAUGUCUACAACAAAUAUGGAUUCUGUCCAACAGAAACUUGCACAGACAUCUGCCUCGUCGAAUACGAGAAUACGCUGUCCAUGGAUAGUGAAGAUGUGGAUGAGGCCAAAUGGAGGUGCUCCUGUCCAUUUGGCAUGCAACUGGGCGAUGACGCGAGUACGUGCACUGCAUCCACGCCAUGCAAGAUGAACCAGUUUCAAUGUCGAACCCACCUCUUUUGCAUCCCUCGUGAAUACGUGUGCGACGAUCAUGCAGAUUGCGAUGACCACUCGGAUGAGGCCGACUGCCCCAAGACUCCGAGAAGACAGUCCACCCAUGCUUCCAAUGUCCAUCCUGAGUUUUGUACCGAACCGGAGAAUGUUUGGUGUCCGGGUGGAGAUGCAUGCAUAAGUAGGGAGUUCCUCUGCGAUGGCAAGUACGAUUGUGUCGAUGGAUUGGACGAAUCCAACUGCCCGAACGACGGCAACAGCAGUUUUCUCCUCGCUAAUGGUUACGCUAUUGGAAUAGGAGUCGUUGCAGCCUUUGUUGUGGGCCUCACUUUGAUACUUUUGCUCUUCUUUAUAUGCCGGCAGAAAUCAAGGAAACUGGCGACGGCCUAUCCAGAUGAUGUGGUGAUGGUAGCCCGUCCGAACGCACCACCAUCGACCGCAUCUUUCUCUGCGCCCGACAGCAACAGUCUGCUUUUGAAAUCUACCGACAUCAGCGUUGAUGGCAGUCAGGUGUUUGCAGAGGUCAACAGUGACGACUGUGAAGUUAGGAACGAUGAUGAUGUUGGGGACGACUUCCCGCAUAGAAAGUUAGGCAAUGGACACCACCUACCGAACAAAAGAUUAAAACACCAGCAGCCAACGUAUUCGAGGCGUAAUAAGGACACGAUGACGUCAUCCAUUGCUGGCGUGUUUUACGGCGACGACGUGACUGAGAUUUGCAGCGGUGUGCACCCGGAUUCACUUUAUUACGACAGGGGACACAUAACAGGCGCCUCAUCAACCACCGGAUCUGUCAUGACCGCCAGACCGGCCUUCGAUCCACCACCUAGUCCCAUUACUGACAGAAGCACCAUUGCCGAUGUCGAAGAACCAGCCGUCCCUCGUCCGCAACUUCAUCACGCCAGACGACAUCAAAAUUCCGGUAGAGUCCUCCCUGAAAAUUUAUACCCCAAUCCUCAUUUCGAUUCGAGCGCGACUAAUCCGUGGGGUAAAAAUCCGGGAAAGCGUAAAAAGUUGCGUCACAAGCGACACCGUCGUUACGUGCCUACGCCCUGCAGUUCAACUGCGGAUGAACUGAUGGUAAUGACGCAUUUCGAUGAAUUCCAACCAAAUUUAGCGCCCCCGCCGACCCCUCUGAGUGAUUACAUUCAGUCAAGGAACUCCUUGUUCAGUCCGGAUGUCAGCUGUCCACCAUCACCAUUCACCGGUCGCUCCAAUUAUCCACCUCCACCUCCGUCAUCCUAUUUCAAUGAGGAAGAGGAAGAACAUGGAUACGAUGACGAUGAUGACGUAAUCAGUGACAAUGAUGACGACGAUGGUUUUGCUGGUGGUAAUAUUAAUAAUGGUGGCGCGCUUGUGAAUGUUCUUAGCUCUCUUGGGCAUGGAAGCCAUAAUGAUGCAAAGAACGGAAUCAUAAAGAAGAAAGAUUGUGUGUGA